AACGUUGUUUCAGAUCUUCUCUGUGGUGCACAACCCUCAGCUCCAUAACUGAUUGAUUCUAAAGGCCUCAAACGUAGGAUCCUUCUUAUCCUAAUAAUCCAUUCAGGCGAUUGUUUUGACUCGGUUCUGUAGGGAAGGAGUGUGAAGGAUGGUAGAUGUUCAGUUACUGAUUUAUGUUCCUGAAACUCGGAUCAUGUUAACAUCUCUGCAGAUAUCCCCCAUUCUGCAGAAUCAUCAGUGCUGUUCGUUUCAGUUGAACCCAGUUUGGUUCUGGACCAGCUGCAGCAGCAUCAGAGGUGUUUAUGCAGUUAAACUCGGUCUGGUUCUGAGCCCACAGCACACCCACUCAUGCUCUGCAGAUAUGGUCCUACUGCAGAUGCAUUAAUGCUGUUUGUUUCAGUUAAACCCAGUCUGGUUCUGGUUUCACGGCAUCCCUGCCAGUACCGGUAACUGGGGACUCACCGGAAGUCUGUGUCGGUUCUGGCAAGUCGUCGAACAGGUCCAUUCUUCUCCUGGAUUAGCCCAACAGCUAACAGGUAAGCAACCAGGGUGCUUAUGGGCCCCCUGGCUCUUUUGGUCCCUGAUUCAGACCCCCUGAUUGUCCCCUACGCCCCUGGAAGUGGCCGCUGCUGCCGGCUGUGAUAACUCGGUGGAAACUUUCCCACCGCAGCAGUGACCCUGAACGUCUCACCCGGAGGUUGACCGGGCUGGGGUCUGAUCUCAGGGCAGUCUGUGGGGGUCUCCUGAGCGCCUCGCCAUGCGGAUGUGGCUCCUGUGUUUGUGGACCAGCUGGAUGUUGUUGCUCCGGAACGCAGCGUUGCAGCUUCCUCGGCGGGAGGAGGGAGGCGUGCAGCCCGGUGAGCAGCACCAGAUGGAGCCCGAAGGAGUCUGGACCGGGUUCCGGAGGAGGAGCACCGGGAAACCCUUAGGUCCUUUGCAGCAGGAUGGAACUGAGCCGGGAGAGACUGCAGGGCAGACCGGGGCCCGGAGGAGAGCAGCUCUGAGGGGUCUUCAUGUUUGUGGAGGUCGAUGUUGUCCCGGCUGGACCCUGUCAUCUAAAACCAGGAGGUGCACCAAGCCCAGAUGUUCUCCUCCCUGCCGUAAUGGAUCAUUGUGUCGACUUUCCAACAGCUGUCUGUGCAGGAAAGGUUUUCAUGGUGUUCGCUGCCAAUUUUCCAAAGUCCUUCUUCCUGUGGGAGGCCCUCCAGUGACAUCCAGCAAUCCCACUGGUCAACCUGCCUCCACCACCAUAGCAUCUGGACCAACCAGGGCCAGCAGAAAACCUGAACCUACAGAUUCAGAUAAAAAUCCAUUAAAUGAUGAAGACUCUGGUCCUCUGAAGGCUGGAAGUUUAGCAGCUCAAACUGAGGGGGAUCCAGGAGGUGUUACUAACAGGUUUUUGACACCAACGGAGAACAAAGCCUCUUCAGGAAGCAAGGAUCUGAAGAGGACAGAUCCAGAUCUAGAAAGGCAAAUAACAGUUUUAGAGCAAGUUGUUGUGGAGUCAAAGCCCCAAACAGAAAGCAGGAACCCACACAGAGCUGAAUCUCUGGAGCUGAAAUCAAGCCUGGUAGAUAAAGAGGCUGAAGAUCUGACAGGAGCAAAGAGGAGCCCAGAGGAGAAAGAAGGAGAUGCAGAGGAGGUGAUGAGGCAAAUCCCAAGUUUGAGGGAGGCCCAGUCUGUCCUGCUGAGAAACACUUUAUUACAUGGAGGAAGAGGAGGCAACAUGGCCACUCUGUUGAUGAAGCACAUAACAAGAGAGAAGAGGAAGCUACAUACUUUGAACUCUUCAUACAACUCUUCAUCCUCCUCUUCAGUAAAAACCAUGAGGACCUUUCACAAUCAGAGGGACCAGUACAACAUCCACCUCUCUGAUCCCAAAGUCCUCUGUCCUCUGCUCUGCAAGAACGGAGGCAUCUGUGUGCAGAAGGAUCGCUGCCUCUGCCCCACAAACUUCACUGGAAAGUUCUGCCAGAUUCCCGUUCCACCUUUAGCCGCCAGGCCCAGUGGCGCCGCCCUACCGUCCUCCACAAAUGAGAUUGUCAAACCUGUGCUUCUCUCUGGCACGGCAGCCAAUCACGAGCUGAUGAGGUCAGAGUUCCUGCUGCCGCUCGGGCCGAACCAGGAGGUGCCGCGGUCCACAGCGGCAGAUUCCCGCAUGGUGAAGGUCAGAGUUCAGCACCCCCCCGAGGCCAGUGUGAAGAUCCACCAGGUGAUGAAGAUUUCUGGGCCCAGUCCUCCCUUGCGGACCAUCUCUUCCUCGUCUUCUUCAGGUUCGGCUGGCGCUCCGGCACCAGCUCCGGAUCCAGCAGGUGUCAGUAGUAUCCAGGCUCAGACCUUGAGGGGUGGUGGUACCUACAACCUGCAGUCUGGCUUCAAAUACUGCUUCAGAGAGGUCAAAGAUGGACAGUGCAGCUCUCCACUUCCUGGUCUGAGGAGCAGAGAGGUGUGCUGCAGAGGAAUCGGGAAGGCGUGGGGCCUCACUGACUGUACGCUCUGUCCUGAAAUCCCAGGUCAAAGCAACAGCAGCUGUCCUGUCGGGUUCGAGCAAGCCAAUGGAACGCAGUGCGUCGAUGUGAAUGAGUGCCUCCAGCCGGGGCUGUGUGAGAACGGCAUCUGUGUGAACACCAAGGGGAGCUAUAGCUGUGUGUGUCGGUUGGGGUUCAUCCUCGAUGCCACACAUGGAAUCUGCAUCUCACAAAGUGUGAUAUCAGAGGAGAAGGGUCAGUGUUAUCGAGUCGUGGGCUCGGGUCUGGGUCCGUCUUCCUGCUCCUUGCCCAUCGUCCGGAACAUCACCAAGCAGAUCUGCUGCUGCAGCCGAGUUGGUAAAGCCUGGGGACCCAAAUGCCAGAGAUGUCCUUACUUUGGUUCAGUUGCCUUUAGGGAGAUCUGUCCAGCCGGUCCUGGUUAUCAUUACUCCGCUUCAACUCUGCAGUUCAGCCAGCGGGUUGACGCCCGGCUGGCCGGCCGGGGAUCCCUGCUGACAUCGCAGGACAACACAGGUCCUGUUCCUGGGACCAGUGGGGGUGGAACCUCCAGUUCUCAGCAGGGACUCACCUCCUCUGGUUCAUCAACUGCUACCCGACCCAGUCCACGUCAGCCCGAAGUCCAAACUCCACCACAGCCUCAGCCCGGCCGGGCUGCUGGCUCAACUACCAGAACUUCUCAGGACAGACUGGAGCAACAGCAGGGCCGGCCCAACUCUCUGCCAGCGAGACCUCAGCUCCCUUCGACUGAAAAUCAAGCUGCCAGUCAGCUUUCUUCUGGAUCCCGACCUGACCCACCAGCAGGACGAAGGGACUCUCUGCCGACUCCAGCAGCGCCUCAGAUCGCCGAGCUUGGACCCAGACCCGGUGGAGAACUCCCCGUUCCAGAGAGACGGGCUGUGAGUCCGACGAGCCGCCCCACCAGAGUCCAGACUGAUCAGGGUGUUUGUCAGAGCAGACCAGGUGUGUGUGGGCGUGGUCACUGCGUGGAUCAGCCAGGUGGGAAAUACACCUGUGAGUGUGAUGAGGGAUACCAGCCCAGCGCUCAGCGAAGCCACUGCUACGAUGUGGACGAGUGUCAACAGAAUCCCUGCAGUAACGGGCGCUGUGAAAACACAGCAGGAAGCUACAGGUGUGUCUGUCGCCAUGGUUACAGGCUUGUUGGGAACACUUGUGAAGAUGUGGACGAGUGUCGGCAGAAUCCCUGCAGUAACGGGCGCUGUGAAAACACAGCUGGAAGCUACAGGUGUGUCUGUCGCCAUGGUUACAGGCUUGUUGGGAACACCUGUGAAGAUGUGGACGAGUGCGUGGAUCCUCUGCAAUGUCCGGGUCAGGAAUGUGUCAACACUCCAGGUUCUUACCGCUGCUCAUCCUGCCAGCCGGGAUUCGGGCUGCUCAAUGGGCUCUGCACAGACAUCGAUGAGUGUAGGCAGUCUCCAUGCUCCAACGGCCGCUGUGAGAACACACCUGGAAGCUAUCAAUGUGUCUGUCGCCAUGGCUACAGGCUCCAAAACAACACCUGCACAGACGUAGAUGAGUGUGCAGAGCCUUCUCAGUGUCCUGGACAGAUGUGUGUGAACUCUGUGGGGUCUUACAGGUGUGUGUCGUGUCGUCCAGGAUACACACUGACCAACAGACAGUGUACAGAUGUAGAUGAGUGUGCGAGCGUCGGAGCGUGUGAAGCGGAGCAGAUGUGCGUGAACACCGUCGGCUCGUUCAGGUGCGACUGUCGACCCGGAUACCGAAGCUCAGGCCUCAGAAGGCAGUGCAGAGACAUUAACGAGUGUUUGGAGGGUGACUUCUGUUUCUCCAGAGGGGAGUGUGUGAACAUACCUGGAUCAUACACCUGUGUGUGCUCACCUGGAUUCACGCUGAAUGAAAACAGGACGGGCUGCCUCGACGUGGACGAGUGUGUGAGGUCUGGCAUGUGUUCAGAUGGCCGCUGUGUAAACACCGAAGGCUCCUUCGAGUGUCAAUGUGAAACUGGCUUCACCACCAACCCUGAGAAGACUGCCUGCCUUGAUGUCGAUGAGUGUGUCUUGACCAGCGAUUCCGUUUGUGCAUCGCAGCAAUGUGAGAAUACGAUUGGCUCGUACCGCUGCCUCGUUUCCUGUGAGGCGGGUUAUCGAGUGACAGCCGAUGGCAGCUGUGCAGAUGAGGACGAGUGUGUGUCUCAGGUGGGUGUGUGCGGCUCGGCUCGCUGUGAGAACACGCAGGGAAGCUUCACAUGUAAAUGUGACGGAGCAGCAGACAUCUUUGACUCCUCCACCAGACAGUGUGUGAGCUCUGUAAGACCAGGAUCUGGGACACUUCCUGAGUCCAGACACUCUUCCUCUUCAUCCUCUGUCUCAUCUGGCUUCCAAAUCAGCAUGGUGGACGUUGCUCCGGUGCUGCAACCACACCCUGCGGCUCGGCCCGGAGAGCUGAGGGAGUGUUACUACAACCUGGCCGAUCAGGGCGUCUGCAGCUUGCUGGCCGCCAACACCAGCCGGCAGGAGUGCUGCUGCACCAUGGGGGAAGGCUGGGGGCUGGACUGCCAGUACCACGCCUGUCCACUUGCAGACACAGCCGAGUUUCUGUCUCUGUGUCCCAGUGGGAGAGGAUAUGUGACGGCAGGACCAGCAGCCUUUAGCUACACAGAUGUAGACGAGUGUAAGCGUUUCUAUCCAGAGGUGUGUAAGAAUGGAGUGUGUGUCAACAACAUCCCAGGAUACAGAUGCUACUGCUCCAGUGGUUUAGUUUACAACAGCGCGCUGCUGGAGUGUGUCGAUUACGAUGAGUGUGAGGAGGAGACCUGUGUUGGGGGAGUGUGUGUGAACACUGUCGGUUCAUAUCACUGCAGCUGUCCGCCUCCGCUGGUGUUGGACGACACCCAGAGAAACUGUGUGAAUGCUUCCCACCUCACUGUGGAUGAAAACCUGUCCGUAUGCUGGCAGCACGUUAGCACCGACCUGCUGUGUCAGAGUCCUCUGCUCGGAGCUCAGGUCACCUUCAUCGACUGCUGCUGCUUCUACGGGGAGGGCUGGGGGAUGGGCUGCGCCCUCUGCCCCUCCACCGACUCAGAGGAGUACGCCUCUCUAUGCAGUUCACAUUCUGCAGCUACAUUUCCAGGGAACUUCCCAGACUCAUUUGGAUCAGAAACUGGACCAGGACGAGGAGCAUCUCCCUACAGUCCGGAGUUCAUCCCUCCAGGAGAGCUUCCCGGCAGAGAUUUCAGUCGUCCUGACUAUGAAGACUACCCUCCAGCAGGGGGCAGCAGGUCAGGAUUCAGGGGGAGGCCCCCGGUCUCCUUCGGCCAGCCGGAUGAAGCCUAUCAUGGGUCUGAGUUCAGUCCUGGUUACUACCCAGAAGGAGCCUACGGCUCUCCAGACAGCUUCCUGCCCAGAGCUCCAACCUUCAGGCUCCCUCCAGACCCCAGAUCUGACAUUGCAUUUGGGGCACAGCCACUGUCUCCAUCCCGGCCCGACUCAUCUCCUCGGAACCCGGCGCCACUGCCUGGAUCUUCCUACGAGGACCGGGAGGAAGAGGAAGACUUCAGGACGUGGAGGCCCGGAUCGCACUUUCCUCCUUUUGACAGGAGCACAGAUGGAGGCGGAUCACCAAGGAGGGUGUAUGAGAGGCGAUACGAGACGCACGCCGGUCUAAAUGCAGCCGAAGAUUGUGGGAUUCUGCAUGGCUGUGAAAAUGGCCAGUGUAUUCGCGUUGCAGAGGGUUACACAUGUGACUGCUACCAGGGCUUUGAGCUGGACAUGACCUCCAUGACCUGCAUCGACAUUAACGAGUGUGAAGACAGUGUUGGCCUGCAGUUUCCGUGUGUUAACGCUCGCUGCGUGAACACCGAAGGCUCGUUCCGUUGCGUCUGCAGGAGAGGAUACGUCAUGUCCCGCAGACGGAACCACUGCAUCGCUGCUUAGACCGGACUGGACUGGGAUCCAGUAAACAGACAGAACUGCAUAGUAGCACAUUAAACUGGCUUUAUUAUUAAAUGACAUAUGAUAAACUAGCAGGUGAAAUGAUACUGGACUGAAAUAUUCAGCUGAUUCUGUUUGCACUUGCCGACCAAAGACAGAAGAGUUUUUCCUGUAGACUGAUUUAACAUCACCCUGAUCUCCAGUUUAUCCUUGGGAGAAACUUCCAUGACAAAUACACCAGAUCGUUCCCCACUGUCAAUCUGAACACAGGACCGACCUCAUAGGCUGCCAGUUUGGUGUUUCUACUCCCCAUCAAAGCUCUUUCUUAUUUUAAAGGCACAUAUCGUCAUAUGUACAACUUUUCCUUUUUAAUUCUGGUCAAGCUUGCAGCUCAUCAUGGUAGUACUUAUUUCCAUGUCAAAAAUAAGACAAUAUGUUUAACAAUCAAAAGAAACAGAGUGAGCACAAGGUAGCUGACAACACUGCAGAGGAGUGAUGACAUGUUUGGAAUGCCUAAGACAAAAGUAGUGACAAAAAACUGCAUCUUGAAUUUGAGUUCAUAAAGUGAAGAUUUAUCCAGUGUUGUGGAGGAAGUCAGGAGAAAUAGCUGAGAGCGAGAGCUUGGAGACCUAACACCCAGCAAAAUAUAGGCAGAAAUUAUACGCAUUGCACUAAAAACAUAAUAUCUUUCCAAAUAUUGCUUUCAAGCAGUCCUUUACGAUUGCGAUUUUGCUAACAAAUAUUUUGAUGACUGCACUUGUAAUUAUCUUGUGGCGCUUUGAAAAAAUUAGCUGUGCAUAGAAGAAUCCCGACAUCCAACAGUCAUGCUCCAGUGCUUCAUGUAAAAAGAUGUUCACAGUCUAAAAUGUUUAUGGAACAUAAUUAAUCUAAUAUCAGGUAAACAGUAAACUGUUCGUGCUAACAAAUAUUUUAAAUAUCUGUUUAUAUGUAGCCUCGUUGCUAAUAUUGAACUGUUUCUAAGGCUAUAAUGUUUUUUAAAUUUUCAAUACACCAAAGUCAUUUACUGAUAAAUAAUGAACAGUUAAAACAUGUUUUUAUUUAAUUAUUUAACUGUUAACUUGAUGGCUAACAAACAAAAGCAGAACGUACUAAUAAUAAUGAAUUGCUUCUUUUAAAUAGUUGAAAUGAUUGUAAUCUUAAGGUCUAAUAUCAUGAGAAAAUGUUUAGAGAUUAACUACUUUAAUUGUGGAAAUAUGUCAUUAUGGUUUUGGUAGCUUUUGGGCUGCUUGGUUACAGUUAGCUCAGAUGCUAUAAAGCAACCUCAAACAUGUUACUGCUAAAACAAGAAGGCAUUCAAUUAUUUGCUUUUAGAUUUUGCCUUUCUUUUAAGACUAAAAAGGGAAUUAUUAAAAUGUUUCAUUCGAAUUAUUGAAAUUUGUUACUUUGGAGAAGUUUCUACUGUUACCACACAGUCAGCUUAACAGGCAGUGAAGUUGGAAAGUGUUAUUGAUAAUCAAAACAACUAUAUAGCCUUUCUACCUAUUUUUUAAUUGACUCAUUACAGUAUUUAAACAUGGUAAUUUUAUUCUGUGUUUUAGGUUUGGGCAGCCAUUAGCUUAAAGCUCAUAGAUAUAUUCAAAAGUUCAAUAACUAACAGCUUUAUUUGCUAUCAGCUUAUACAAAUUCUGCUGUGGCUUGAAGUUUACAUUUCUAAAACCUUUUAAAUUGUUUAAAAGUGUGUCGUUUUGAAUAUGAUUACAUUCUGUCCUGCUAACAGCUGGAAUCGGCUAAUUAGUUGGGGACUCUUUAAUAAAAAAAAAAACCAAAUGCCUUAACAUGUUGACAACUUUGCCAUUCUACCAGGACUAGUUCAAUAGUCCUAAAGUUACACAUGUGUCACUUUAAUACGUGGAGUUUAACUGGCUAACAGUUAGCUUCGGCUUUGUGUCACCCAAACUUUAAGGCCCGAAAGCAGAAUGCUAUGGCUGUUCACAUGACAGGGUUUGCUUGGUUGAACUUUAUAAAGCGUUGUGAAGUUUCUAGGAGUAAAACAUUACAACUCAUUCAGGUUGUUGAAUUGUAAAUAGCUCUGGCUGCAUUUACUUGCUAGCACACUAGCUAGCUAGUUUUUAGUCACCUAGUCUGCAGCUACCCAGCAUUAGCUGGAGUUUGGAUACCUAGUUGUUUAGAAAUAAACACAAGUCUAUAAUUUUGAAGAUACUAGUCCAAAUUUAACCUUUUUAGUGUAUACAUAAUUAUUUAUAAAAUCUGACAAAUUUGAACUGUUUAACUAGUUGAUUUAUUUUUCCUUCACAUUUUUCAGAAACAUUGCACAUAACUAAAUGUGAUCUGAAAUUCCACCAAAUAUUCAUCUUAGUUUUUAACAAAUAUUUGUAUUUCAUUUUCAGUAGAAAAAAUAAUGAAUAACCUUAUAGCUGACUUUGUGUUUUCAGUGGGAUUUAUGAGCUUUAGCUACUAUGAUGUUCUUGCAGUAUUUCUUACAGUUUGAAGUAAAACAUAAUACACUCUCCAACUGUGUUUAUAAAUAUUCACUUUAUGCAGUAUUGUACUAAAUGAAGUGUAAAAAGCUUUAUUACUCCUCUUCUGCACCGGAAGGUUCAAGUAAAACAUGCACUGUAUCCACCAAGAACCAACUUUUACACAGCAAAAAUCAUUUUUUGUUUGUUUUAAAAUGGUUUUAUUUUUAUGUUUGAUGAUCAUUUUUGUAUUAUUGUUACUUUGAGAAGAAGUGUAAAGACAUUUGCACACAUUAA